UAAGAUAAUUCUUAUUUAUAUUUUGUAGCUAUCUGAAAACAAUAAUUUUAUUAUAAAAGUUAAAAAGAUACAAAAAAUUAUAAUUAAAUAUUAUUCAAGAAAAAAACAUUUAUAUAAAGAUAUUUUCUAAACUAUUUCUAAGAUAUGAGUGUUUUAAAAAAUUUAACACGGGAUGUUUAGAACACGGGAUUAUGCUUAUGAGAGAGUGGCUCGGGAAUGGGCUUCGAGAUGGGUCGUCAUGAGAGAAAGGUAAAUGGGGGAGACGGCGAUUAGGUUAUUCAGAGGAUGAGAAAGCUGUGUGCGCUUUGGCUUGAGUCUCAACAAUACGUAGAUUAGGGUUAAUGGGCUGGGCUGGGAUAAAGUGAAUUAUCAGAUUGAUGGGAUUAAUGGGCUGGGCUGGGUGAAAGUGAAUUAUCUGAGUUUGGCUUCACUUCGGCUGAUGGCGCAAAACAAAAAUACGGAGUCGGAGAAUGAGUUAGCGCACAGGAAGCCCGAUCGUGAUUUUAAUUUGAAGCCUAAUCUGGCAGUGACGUGGCAAUUUGAUUGGCCCUGAUUAUUUUGAGCAUGUGGCUAGCUUUAGGAAGCUUAAAAAUAGUCCCUUUUAUAUAGUGGGAUUUGUUAGUUGGGGAAAAUCUAAAAUUACUUGGCAUUAUCUAGAUACACAUACAUGUUGUGAUGAUCAAUCAGACCCAUGUGAAAAUGGAUACAGUGGGUUUGAAGUUUCACCCCAGCCAAAAUGUCUUUUGAUCCAACUUGUUCACCAUUGGAAAGAUAAAGGAAACCUACACAUUUUUUUUGUAACAAAAGGGACCUAUACAUAUAUCAGCGAAAUUAUUAGUCUAAAAGAAAAUAGAAUUUUAGAAUCUGAAUCGUUUUCUUAUGAAACUAGUCCUGUAAGUAACCAAAAUCAUGUACAUAAGUUUUGAUAAAUUUGUUUGUGGAUAAGUCUUAUUCUCUCUUGAAUGAAAUUACAAUUGAUACUUUCCAAAAACUAUUCUCCUGCAUUCAGCUUAAACAUGUGGUGUCUAAGCUUUUAAUAUUCACUAAAUCUCUAAAAUAUGUGGGACUACUAGAUAAUACAUUUGCCCAUGUCUUGGCAAUUUCGAAUACAACAAAUGAGUCAAACAUAAAAUCCAAAGAAAUUUUCUGGGUCUUAUUGGUAACGGUGUGGGUCCCUUUAGGACCAAAUUGAUUGCCAGUUAAUUUGUAAAAUAAAUUUGUUACACAACAAAACACAUCUCUCAUGAAGCCAACAGUACUUAUAGCCACCCUUCACUCUUCCAAAACGCUCCUUCACUUCUAUCAUCACUUUCCUCCUUUACAUUCCCCACAAACACUUUGAUAGACUCACCUGAACCCCAGUAUUCUAAUGGCACGACCACAACAACGGUUCCGAGGCGUGAGACAGAGACAUUGGGGCUCUUGGGUCUCUGAAAUUCGCCACCCUCUCUUGAAAACAAGAAUCUGGCUCGGGACUUUUGAGACUGCGGAGGAUGCGGCAAGAGCCUACGACGAGGCAGCUAGGCUAAUGUGUGGCAAUAGAGCUCGUACCAACUUCCCUUACAACCCAAACGCCAUUCCUUCUUCCUCUUCUAAGCUACUCUCCGCCACUCUCACCGCUAAACUCCACAAAUGCUACAUGGCUUCUCUUCAGCUGACCAAACGGACGCAAACGCAGACGCAAACACAAAUGCAGAACGCUAGAUAUGACGGCGUCAUGAAUGUGACCUCUGACGGUAAUCAGUACAACAGAGGAGGAGUAACGGAGAUCAAGUGGGAAGACGGAGACGUGGAUAUGCAACAUAAUCUCAGGCCACUGGAGGAAGAUGAUAUCGAGCAAAUGAUCGAGGAGCUGCUUCACUACGGUUCCAUUGAGCUCCGCUCUGUUUUACCUACUCAGUCGCUGUGAUAAACGGCUUUAUUAGGGUCAUUCUAUUAAUUUUUAUUUUAUUACAUUUUCCUUCAACGGCGUCGUUAUGAGAGUAGCAGUGACAGUUCAAGACAUUUUGAUCUGAAUUGGCCUCUUUUGAAACGCUCAUUCUUGUUUCUACAAGAGCAAUCGAUCAUAUGCUAUGUAAUGUAUAGUAUUUUUAUGAUAUGAAAACGUUAUCAAUUUUUUUGCAUCA